GAAAACUGGAUAUACCCCAAGGACUGCUGCUUAUUGAAAUUACAAAUGGAGCAGACUGAGAAAUCAAAAGUCUAUCCUGAGAAAGGAGUCUUGGAAAAGAUAAAGCUCUGGCUUUCAAAGAAACCACUUCCGUCUCCCACGGAUCGGAAGAAGUUUGACCAUGACUUUGCCAUCUCCACUUCCUUCCAUGGGGUACAUAACAUUGUCCGGAACCGGAGCAGGAUUCGCAAGGUGAUCUGGCUGGCAGUGGUCCUGGGCUCCGUCUCCCUGGUGGUCUGGCAGAUCUAUUGUCGCUUGGUCAACUACUUUACGUGGCCGACCACAACAUCUGUGGAGGUUCAGUAUGUGGAAAAGAUCGAGUUCCCGGCUGUGACGUUUUGUAAUUUGAACAGGUUCCAAAUGGACGCCGUAGCCAAAUUUGGUGUUAUUUUUUUCUUAUGGAAUAUUGUAUCCAAAGUCCUCCAUCACCAGGAAAUUAGUGCCAAUUCCACUGGUUUUAAAGAGGCUAUUGAUUUUCUUGCAAGUCAACAAAACUUCAGCAUUACAGAAUUUGUCAAGAAAUAUGGUUUUUAUCUCAACAAUACCACUUUGUUGGAAUGUGACUUUUUUGGAAAGCCGUGUGGUUCACAGGAUUUUGUACAUGUCUUCACUGAAUAUGGAAAUUGUUUUACUUUUAAUCAUGGUGAAAAUUUCGAAGCAAAGAAAAAAGUGAGUGUCUCUGGACGAGGCUUAAGCUUGCUCUUCAAUGUCAACCAGGAGAAAUUCACUGAUGACCCCACUCUUGGUUUUGUUGAUGCCGGGAUCAUUUUUGUCAUUCAUUCACCAAAGAAGGUGCCACAGUUUGAUGGUCUAGGUUUGUCAUCACCCGUGGGAAUGCAUGCACGGGUUACCAUCCGCCAAGUGAAGACAGUUCAUCAAGAAUACCCUUGGGGAGAAUGCAACCCUAGCAUCAAGCUGCAGAAGUUUAGUACCUACAGCACUUCUGGUUGCCUGAAAGAGUGCAAAGCACGGCACAUAGAGAAGCAGUGUGGGUGUUUACCUUUCCUUCUUCCUGGAAAUGGGAUAGAGUGUGACCUACAAAAGUUUUACAAUUGUGUUUCUCCUACACUUGACCACAUCGAAGUUAAGGGAUUGUGUACAAUGGGAACACAUAAUUCUAGCUGCCCUGUUCCUUGUGAAGAAACAGAAUACCCUGCUACUAUUUCUUAUUCUACUUUUCCAAGUCAAAAAGCUUUGAAACUCCUUUCCAAAAAGUUGAAUCAAAGCCAGCAAUACAUCAGGGAGAACCUUGUAAACAUUGAAAUAAACUAUAGUGACCUAAAUUAUAAGAUAACCCAGCAGCAAAAAGCAGUGAGUGUGUCUGAAUUACUUGCUGAUGUUGGUGGUCAACUUGGCCUAUUUUGUGGGGCCAGUAUGAUUACAAUUAUAGAAAUUAUUGAAUAUAUAUUCACCAAUUUCUACUGGAUAUGCAUUUUGUUUUUGCUGAAGAUACCUGAAAUGACCCCAGGGGCUCGUCCAGCUCAGAAUCACCUGGGGAAUAAAAAUGACAUAGAAGAAUGCUGAUGUUCACUUAGAACAAAACGUUUGCUUUUUUUUUCAUACUAUUUUUAGAUUUAUUCAUGACUAACUCAUUGUUAUGUAACUUUAUGUUAUAGUUUUGAGGACUCAAUAAAACUCUUUGUAAAUAUCUAUCUCUU